AUGAAGCUAGCUAUUCUGAUUGUCUUUGUGGUUGGGCUAGUCAUCCAGGUCCACGGUAAGAUGGUCAAACAUAAUCAGUAAAUGUACUAUUUUUGUUGUUUUGAUUUUUGGUGUAAUCAGUAGUCCACUAUGUAUCCAUAUGGAAUGUUAAAACCAGGUCGAAAAAGGAAAAGUAUGAUAAAAAGAAAAAAACUUCACAAGAUUAUAGUGUGAAAAAGUGUACUUAAAACUGAAGAUCUAAAAAUUCACAUUUUUGUAUAGCACUGUAUACAUUUUUUUGUUUUGAGUUUUGGUAUAAUCAGCAAAGUUAUAAUGAAAACAUAAGCUUUUAAAAAGCAAGCCAUUCCAAAAACGUUUGGGGUACAGGUCUUCUUAUUGGUAUAUCUGAUCAAUUUUCCUUUAUACCUUGGAAGUGAACUAUGUAUUGCAGGAUGGCCUUUAUACUUGAACUUGCAAAAAAAAUAAAGGUCACUAGGAGCUCAUCUAAAAUAUUAAAACGUUUUCACUGGUAAAUUAAUAUGUCUAUUCUUGAUCAAAAUAUAAUCAUACGCAGCCUCUUCUCCCUUUUUUGUGGGAAUUCAAGAGCACUUUCAGUGGUCCAGUUGAGGUGGAGAUGUUCAAUAUUAUACAACUAUCCCCCGAAGGGGAGGUGAAUAGUUAUGGUAUACUGAGACGCGAAGCGUCGAGGUAUAUAUCCAGCGCUGUUCACCGACCCUGAAGGGGAUAGUUGUUUUAGUAUUUACCGAAUCAGUUGGAUAAAAAUGAAACAAGUAACUUUUUGUUGUGUUAUUAUUUUGUUGCAAAUUGAGCAUGAAAAUAAUUUUCUACCUACCAGUAAACACUGACAAGCCAAAGUUCGUCGCUUCCUUGAUAUUUGUUUGUACGACUGCUUCAUUUAUCGCUGAAAAUCAUCUCUUUCGAAAAUGUCUCGAGACGAGACGCCAUCUUGGCUCCGGUUGCAAAACACUGAAUAGCCAAGGAUAUUCGGAGAUACGGGAGCCAAUCAAAAGGCACGAGAACUGCUAUUCACUGAUUUGGUAAAUACUAAACAUGUAUAUUAAUAAAUCUAUUCAUGAUCAAAAUAAAAUCAUAAACAGCCUCUCCUCCCUUUUUUGUGGGAAUUCAAGAGCUUUUCAGUGGUGCGGUUGGGGUGGUGAUGUUCACUCCGUUAUGAUAUCUUGGGUUCUAUUUUUUGUUCGUGGCACUCUUAGGCUGUGUUCAAACUUUGCUGGAUAGCACUUUCGCGCCGCCACGAGAAUCAUAGGGGAUAGGGCUUCUGGUCACACAUAGGAACGGUUGUGGUGGUACGAUUUAUGUGACGGGGCGAAGCUGCGCCACGCCAAUCUCUAAAGUGGAGAAUCACAUGUCAGAUAGGUGUUCAUACUAUAACGGAUAACUUAGUGUGAACAUAGCCCAUGUCAACCUCGUCCCCAGGGCGCUUUUCCAUAGCUUUGGAGCCACUUCACCUCCAAGGCCAUGGAAAAGCGCCCUGGGUAAGAGGGUGAGCCCAAGUAACCCGAGAAAUAACUUUGAGUUUUAAUCUUUGAAAGGGGGGACGUGAAAAAAGUAGCAAAAGUGUAUUGUAUUCUUUUGCUUUCAAGGCAAGGUGGUUGGGAUUAGCAUCUUAAAGGUUUGUCUUCGAGUAUGCCGGACUUAAAGGGAUCAGAGCCAUGAAAAAUGUUUGGAAAGUAGUACUCUCACCUAGUCCAGAAUCAAGAUCCUUAAUUCGCCACUUUAGAAACAAGAAGGAAACUUUCGCAAUGAUUUCUCGGACUGUUGCUAAGGGUCAGCCAAUAGCUGACUGGCGUGUCCCCAGUAACAAUCCCACAAACAAUUGUGGGACACAUUUCGGCUCCAGUCCCCUUCUCGUUUCUAAAAGAGCCAAGCUCUCUUUUUUAUCUAACAUCAAAUAUUUCAUCUUUAAGCCUUCUACUGCAAUUUUGACCGCAACCAAUGUGAAUUUGUUCAGCGACGAGAUGACAAGUUUGACUGGGUCAGAAAAAGAGGCGUGACACCGUCAGGCGGAACAGGACCUGAAUCUGAUGUUAGCGGAAAAGGUAAAUUUAGUAAAGACGAUAUAAUGCAAGGAAAAUACUCGAAUGCCCAUGGAGGAUAAGCUUGAAAUAAUGCUGCUACCUUGUUCGGAAGAAGGUAGCAUGGCAAAGUGGUCGUUAUUUUACCUACUUUUACUUAUGUUUUAAUAAAACAAAGGUUAUCUUAAUUCAUAACUUACUUUUUUCUAGGUUAUUACAUGUACGUAGAGGCAUCCCGACGAAGGAAAGGUGACAACGCUAAGCUAGAACUGAGAUCUGGUUUACCUACUGGUAAAACAUGUCUGUCAUUCUUCUACAACAUGCAUGGAGGACACAACUACAUGGGUACACUUCGUGUUCUCAUAAAUGGAGAAACUGUUUUCCAGAAAAGCGGAAAUCAGGGAAACACAUGGCAUAAAGCUGAACUUACUUAUCGCGAGGGCAUAUCGUCGGUAAGAGUACAAAAGGAAGCUAAAGCGUAUGUGUAUGUUGCAUGAGCAGUGGCUCACGACAUUUGAACAUCAGCUCUGGUGUGGCAAAAAACCACACUUCGUCUUGAUCAAUAAAACAUGCAGGAAAAAACAAUAAUUUGACCAAUAUCAAACCAAAUGACCGAACAAGCUUGAUCAAUGACACAAAUAUACAUGAAUCGGCAGAAACGUCUGUCUUCUUCAGAGCUAGUAAUACAGGGAACGGGUCGGACAACUUACUUUCGAGAAUGUAAAAUAUUAAUUUAAAAGUUAUAACUUCAAAAUUUCAAAAUGACACAAUGAAGUGACUGAGGGAUGGCGUUUGCCAAGGGUUAUAAACAGCCUUUUUAAUCAUGCGUUUGGAAGAUGGUGCUAGAAUAAUGGCGUAUUUCAAAAGACUCACUUGAGUAAAAGUAGCGACAUCGCAGAGUUAAGCUAAGUAUUUGAAAUGUGCCAAGUGUUAACCUUAACAAGUAGAAAAGUGAUGGGUGGUAUCACCUUCUUAACAUGCAAGCAUGUAAGGAUGCGGGUUGCUCUUCGCCUGGUAUAUAAACGAAAGUUAUGCUGGGGGUAGCGCUUAAGAAGACUGGCAUCACUCUCAGAGAGAGAAGGGGAAGGAGAAAGUAUCUCUGUUGGUGAUAUCUUCAAGUGUGUUCAAAACUAAUAGCUGUCAUACUAAAGAGGCAGCGUUAACUACGAAUCCACUAAGAAUUCGUGUUUUGGCUUAAUAUUUAUCCGCUUCUCUUUCAUCUGACAGGUUGUGUUUGAGGGUGUUGUUGGUAGGGGCUACCUUUCAGACAUUGCUAUCGAUGAGAUCAAGACAGAAACCUGUGGGGAAGGGGGAGGAGGUGACGGAAGUAAGUACCCUCAAUCCCGCUUUCUUUCAUGUCUAGCAAUUACAAAAACAGCCAAACAUUAUGAAUGUAUAACAAAUUUCAUACGUCGCUUUCAUCAACAGCUGUUCCACCACCUUCACAACCAAGCACUACAACAAAAGCGCCAGAGACACCUCUUCCUCCUUUCGGUAAGUUACCAAGAAAUUUGCACCCAAAAUUCUGCACGCUACUCCAUCAGCGGAGGUCGCUAGGACAUUAAGCACCAGCUCAUCUCUUAGAUAAGACUCUGCCCAAAAUCAGAUGCAAAUGUUAUUUUGUUAGGUAAUUGUGGCAUUCGUCCCUCUACAAGAAUUGUUGGUGGUGUGGACUCAUCUCCAGGAGACUGGCCAUGGCAGGCCAUGUUGACGUCAUCUCCAAAUGGUUACGUGUUCUGUGGUGGAUCAUUGGUUGCUCCUCAGUGGCUAGUUACAGCUAGUCAUUGUGUUAAAGGAACUUCGGCAGCCUCCAUUUACGUUCGGUAUAAGUCAUUCAUUUUAUCUAUUUCUCGCUUAAAUACUGAGCACCCUUACAGUCAAUCUGGUACACCGUUAUGUAUAUGUACAUCACUUAAUGCCUACAUCCAUAUAUAUUAUGGAUAUAAACGGGUUAAAAUGAAGUUUAUUCGGUCCCUACUUACCCAUAUCUAGAGACUCAUCAAGGAAGAAAUUCUGACAGAGGAAAAGCCCAAUAACAAUCCUCACAAGACAAAAUUUUUAUUCAAUUUUUUCAUUUGUGACGACCGCUCUUGUUGGUAAACCAUUUCUAGUUUAUUUUGCUUUCUGUAACAGCUCUAUUGCAGUUUUGCUUAUGGGAGCUCAGUCUUGACGCGUAGAUAAAUCCACCUCGUGUUGGUAUGCCAUGGUCCAAGUACUAUCUGGUGACUUAAACUUUAAAUCGCACUAAUUAAGGGUUUAUAGUCAGGGCACUUUGCACUUCCAUUAUGUUAAAUUAAAUAUUCUUUUUCCUUUCUGAAAGACUUGGCGCCCAUAAAAGAACAGACCUUGUGGGUACAGAACAAGACUUCAGAGUAGCUAAAGUGAUCAUGCACCCCUUUUAUCACAAACCCAUUGGUAUGAGCCAUGACAUUGCCCUUCUCAAACUGGACCGACCGGCGGCGCUGAACAAGUAAGCUCAGUAGAGACGUAAUGCAAUCGUAGAAUAUGUUAAAUUUUCGGAAUAACAACUUGUCUAUCUAUGGCGUAAGGACUGUCAAACAGAUUUUUUUAAGAAAGUGCGAAUUGCUAAUGACUGGUUUUUGUCACAGGAUUUUACAUAGACGGGAAGUGUGGCAGGUUAGGGUGGAAAAUAGAAAACGAAACAAAAAGACAAGAGAUCCAGGAGGGGACAAUUGAAACCAAGACAGCCCAAUCAAAUAUCUAUUCCACCCACUCCGAGAUUCAUUUCAGCACAUAGGUCAAUUGUUCCUAGAAAGUGGACCAUGUGGCCUAAAGUAAGGUAGCCUAAUCAGGCUCUUGAAAACAGCCACCAGUUGGCACCUAAAAAAAAUCUUAGUAAGGGUUUACACGUGUUUAAUGAUAAAUGACAAACUCGCAGAAUUGCUUUUCAUGUAUUUCAACAAUAGGUUCGUCAACUUGGUAUGCCUUCCAGGAUCCGUUCCAGCUCCUGUAGAAGGCAAGAAAUGUUGGAUCACCGGCUGGGGAAUGAACAGACCCAUUGGAGGCUCUAGUCCAGUUACCUUACAACAGGCGUCAGUGCCUAUUGUUGGCAGAAACCGCUGUGAAUGGGCUUAUCUUGGACGGAUUCAUGACUCCAUGAUCUGCGCUGGUCUGGAUCGGGGCGGUAUUGAUUCCUGUCAGGGAGAUAGUGGGGGCCCGAUGGUGUGUGAGGAAGGCGGGAGAUUUUACCUUCAGGGAGUAACAAGCUGGGGUCAGGGAUGCGCUAGACCAAAUAAGUAUGGCGUAUAUGCAAGAGUGAAAUAUGUUAUGGGUUGGCUCAAAAAGGAGAUGACCAGUAACUAG